AUGGAUCCCCAGCUGAAAGAUGCCAAGCAGGCUCUGGCCGAGGACAAGUACGAUGAUUGUUUGUCCUGCAGAGUCACCGGAUCGGCCGCUUUCAUGGGUCUCGGAGUCUACAGCUACUACACCGGAAUGGCCAAUCUACGAAAACAAGAGAAGGCCAUCAUGCAAGGCCCUACGAAAUACAAAAUGGGAUCGCGCAAACUGGGAAUUGCCACAAUUUCCGCAACGUUAGUGGGGAUGGGACUGUGGCGGGCAUUCAAUUGA